AUGUUGUGGUCCAUGCUUACAUUGCCUGUUAUAACUGUAGCGAUACAAUUUUCGCCGUUUCAUUUCCCCGAGGAAUAUAAGUGUACCAGUUUCCUUACCAAUCAAAUCAGUGAUGAGACUUUAGAAUAUUUUUAUUCAGUUGUAAAUUCAUUCAUUCGAUUAUUCUCAAAACCAUUUCCACAUCAAGAUGUAUUAAAUAAACGAGCUCUUGAAGGUGAUUUAGAAGAAAUCAAGCAAUCCUUUAUUAAUAAAUAUCCAAAGUGGAUUGAAUUCGAACAGUGGUGGAUAAUUAUCUCGAUUUUUAUCAUAUUUUUUUCCGUUAUAUUUACUUUCACAUAUGCUCUUCAUUUUUGUUGUGGUCAUUGUAAGAAGUCAACAAAAAAAGAACAAACAACUGAUAAACGAUUUGACCUCUGCAGGCGAAGGCUGCUAAAUUUUUUUAUUGCAGUCGUACUUCUUGUAAAUAUUUUCUCAGUCGCAAUAUUUGUGAUCAGUAGUCAAUAUGCAGAAUAUGGUGCAGAUGAACUGCCGCGUCGUUUAGGUCAUUGUAUUGAUGACCUUGCUCUUUAUCAAAGAGAAACAAAUUUGAGGAUCCGCAAAUUGUUGGUUGAUGAUUUUCAAACAUUAAAUGCAUCAUUAAUGCAAAAGAUGAACAAAGGUGGUUCCUCGUUAGUUCAACGCAUCAAGAAAAUCACUGGCGCUGAUGCUUUAGAUAUUUUAAUCAGCAUGUCGCAAGGUGCUCGAACAGCUGUAACAGUGGCAAGGAACAUUGAAAAUGAUGUAAAUUCGGUAGAUUUAAAUAAAUUCCGAUUAGAAGUUGUAAAAUUUCGGAAGUCCUCGUCUGAAGAACUUCUGGAAUGCGUGCGCAAUGAAAUCGAUCCAAGCAAAUACCUUUGUCAAAAAAUGGAAAAAAUAUUGAGCGAUAUGGACCGAUUUCCUAUUUUAUUCAAAGGAGAUUUGAUAGCUCAACAGACCAUUGAAGGACUGAGAAAAAUUAUCAAUUUAAAUAUUUCUGAUAUAUUUGCCGAUUUCUUAAAGAAAUUUCUCGAGGUUGAGGACGAUCUUCAAUUGAAAAUCAAUCAAAAAAAAUAUUCUAUUCAAAAUAAAUUAAAGACAAUCGAAGACGAUCUAUUUCUUAUCGCUGAAACAAUUUCAUCUCAUAUUCGACAAAUAGAUUUCGAUAUAUUUUAUAAAUUUCUUCGUAUACAUAGCAAUGCAAAAGAUAUUUAUAAAAAUUACGUUAAUCAUAGUGGUAUUUGGAUGUCAAUAAUCUUACUAAUUGCGCUUUCAACAAUAGCGGCAGUUUUGCUUCUUGUUGGAUCGAAUAUUUAUUCAUUCAUUUGUCAUCCAUUAGAAAAUCCAUUUUCGAGACCAGAUAUACUUUCUUUAAAUGAGCGAUUCAUCGAAAUUUGGCGGUCAAAGCGUAUUGAAAAUGAUUUAUCACCAUUCAUUGACCAAAAAACGCUGGCAGAUGUAAUUCGUGCAUGCGAUCGCAAUGAGACUCUUUAUAAUAUCUAUGGACUGGAUAAAAAAUAUCAUUUGUAUGACCUCCGGCGACACGAAAAAGGAUCCUAUGAACAGUUGGAGGACUAUUUGAGAUUUAGUCCAACCGACAUAUAUAUAGAUAGGCCACUCGAAUUUUUCAUCUCGUCUGAGCAGAUUAAAUUGCUUCAACGUAUCAAUGGAACCUAUGUUCCACUACUUAAUGUUGAAACUAUAGAAGAAAUGAGAAACGAAAUGGAAAAUUUCAAUGUGAAUAGUCAAAUUAACGCGAUAAUGGCCGAACGUGGUAAAAAAACAACGGUUGUAGCAACAAUUGUGGAAAAACUAAAUCUUCUUGAAACGAAUAGUAUUGAACCUUUCCGUCGUCGUAUUGAUGCGUUAUAUAAGAAUAUAAAUUUUCUUAAUGAUCUCCUUACAAACAUGUCAACCUCUGUGCCAACCUCAGAUCUGACGGUCAGAUUGCAACACGCCCAAGCACUGUUAUCAUCUGAUAUCGAUGAACAUUUUAGAAGAGCACUUGACGAUUUUGCUGCUGAGAUGACAGCUGAUGUUGGUCAAUAUAUUGAGCAUGUCAAGCAAGAAGUAUCAACUAGCGUAACAAGUUGUGUACCCCUAAGAAAAAUCGUAAGAGGAGCUCGGGCAGCUUUUUGCUACCAGACAAUUAGUCCUUUUAAUGGUGUUUGGGCAUCAAUGCUAAUAAACCUUUUUUGCAUUGUGACAAUUAUAUUAAUGGCAACAUCAGUGAUUCGAUUAUACAGCAAAAUACAUCCUUUUCCUAAAUACGUUAUACAAGAACCAAGUAUUGAUGGUCAAAUUUCAGCAUUUGCAACGGACAUGUAUCGUGUUAGAGAAAAUCCGAAACCAUAUGGCGCAAGCAACUACUGUAAUUAUUCAGUGUGUAGAGGUUUGCCUCCGCCUUAUCCUCGAAUUAAAAGUUAG